AUGGGUCGAGGGAAGAUUGAAAUCAAAAGGAUCGAGAAUGCCAACAGCCGGCAAGUCACAUUCUCCAAGAGGCGUAAUGGAUUGCUUAAGGCUCAUGAACUUGCUAUUCUCUGUGACGCCGAGGUUGCUGUGAUCAUUUUCAAUACAGGGAAGCUUUUCGAGUUUUCGAGUUCUGGUAUGAUGAGAACACUUUCAAGAUACAACAAAUGCUUUAACCCUUCAGAAGCUGCUGUGAUGGAAUGUAAGACAGAGAAGGAAGAUCCUAAGACAGUGCAGACUCUGAAAGAUGAAAUUUUAAAGCUAGAAAAAAAGCAGUUACGCUUGUUAGGUAAGGUGACAGGGUUGAAUUUGAAGGAAUUGCACCAGCUAGAGCAGCAACUGAAUGAAGCAUUAUUUUCUGUCAAGGAGAAGAAGGAGGAAUUGCUUAUGGAGCAACUGGAGCAGUCGAGAGUACAG